AUGUCCACUUACUCUUUGCCAGCUUCCCACAGAGGCUUAGUUGAAGGUCAUCUUGAAGAAACCGACCCAGAAGUUGCUCAAAUCAUCAAGGAUGAAACCGAAAGACAAAAGCACUCCAUUGUGUUGAUUGCUUCGGAAAACUUCACUUCCACUUCUGUCUUUGAAGCCUUGGGUACUCCAAUGAGUAACAAGUACUCCGAAGGUUACCCAGGGGCCAGAUACUAUGGUGGUAAUGAAAACAUUGACAAGAUGGAAAUCUUGUGUCAAGAAAGAGCUCUCAAGGCCUUUGGGGUCACCCCAGAGAAAUGGGGGGUCAAUGUCCAAACCUUGUCUGGUUCUCCAGCCAACUUGCAAGUCUACCAAGCCAUCAUGAAGCCUCACGAAAGAUUGAUGGGUCUUGACUUGCCUCACGGUGGUCACUUGUCCCACGGUUACCAAACCGACACCAGAAAGAUCUCUGCCGUUUCCACUUAUUUCGAAACCAUGCCAUACAGAGUUGAUUUGGAAACCGGUAUCAUUGACUACGACAUGUUGGAAAAAACCGCUGUUUUGUACAGACCAAAGGUUCUCGUUGCCGGUACUUCUGCUUACUGUAGAUUGAUCGACUACAAGAGAAUGAGACAAAUUGCCGACAAGGUUGGUGCUUAUUUGGUCGUUGACAUGGCCCACAUUUCUGGGUUGAUUGCUUCUGGUGUCAUUCCAUCUCCAUUCGAAUACGCCGAUAUCGUCACCACCACCACCCACAAGUCUUUGCGUGGUCCAAGAGGUGCCAUGAUCUUCUUUAGAAGAGGGGUUAGAUCCAUCAACCCAAAGACCGGUAAGGAAGUCUUUUACGACUUGGAAAACCCAAUCAACUUCUCCGUUUUCCCAGGUCACCAAGGUGGUCCACACAACCACACCAUUGCUGCCUUGGCCACCGCUCUUAAGCAAGCCGCUACCCCAGAAUUCAAGGCUUACCAAGAACAAGUUUUGAAGAAUGCUAAGGCCCUUGAAUCCGAAUUUAAGAAGUUGGGUUACAAGUUGGUCAGUGAUGGUACCGACUCCCACAUGGUUUUGGUUUCCUUGAGAGACAAGGGUAUCGACGGUGCCAGAAUCGAAACCGUUUGUGAAAACAUGAACAUUGCUUUGAACAAGAACUCCAUUCCAGGUGACAAAUCUGCUUUGGUUCCAGGUGGUGUUAGAAUCGGUGCCCCAGCCAUGACCAGUAGAGGUUUUGGUGAAGAAGACUUCAAGAAGGUUGCCCAAUACAUUGACAAGGCUGUCCAAUACGCCAAGAGCGUCCAACAAUCCUUGCCAGCUGGUGCCAACAGAUUGAAGGACUUCAAGGCCACCGUUGUCCAAGGUUCUCCAGAAUUGACCGCUAUGAAGAAGGAAAUCUACGACUGGUCCGGUUCUUUCCCGUUGGCCGUCAACAAAUGGGCUUUGUCUGAUGACUAA